AUGAAGAAAGUUGAAGAAUAUUGCAAGGUAGAGGACGAUGCCUUGCAGGUUAAAGCCGGACGCGUAUCCAGUAAAACGGCCUCCCCUAAAAUUGCUCAGCCAAUAAGUUUCGUACCGCCUCAAAGCCUAGAACCACGGCAGCGGGGUAAACGAGAUAAAAGGCGGGAUUCUCGCCGAUCGAAUGAUCAGUGCUCUCACCGAACGAAUGAACAACUGCAAGUCGACAGCAGGCGCACGAGACGUACCAACAAAAAAUAUACGGAACUGACAGAGCCGAUCAAUGCGGUAAUGUCCAAAAUCCAACAUCUCUCAUUCUUCAAAUGGCCGUCGAAGAUGGUAAGCCCUCCUGACACACGAAGGCGGGAUAAGCGCUGCGAGUAUCACAAAGAUCAUGGCCACGAAACUGAAAGUUGCUACGCAUUAAAAGAUCACCUGGAGGAACUGGUGCAAGAUGGCUGGCUGCAACAGUACAUAAGAAAAGGCAACCCAACCAAGGCACUAGCCUUAAGACAAGAUUCACCUCCACUUGGCGUGAUCCAUAUGAUAUACAGCCAGCCAGCACCUCUAACCGUGCACACAAAUCAAUCGCAUCCAGUCCCCCGAGAGCAACAUACUCCAACCAAACAGCCCAAAAAAGCUCCGAGUAUUGCCUUCAACGAUUCUGAUCUUGUCGGCAUGACAAUCUCCCAUAUUGAUCCGUUGAUCAUCAGAUUAUGCGUAAACCAGUUUACCAUCGAACGCAUUCUCGUAGAUCCAGGGAGUACGUCGAAGGUUAUGUAUUAUGAGACCCUCAUCAAACUCGGCAUCAACGAGUCAGAUCUGUCUCUGGCACCUUAUCCGUUAUUUGGCUUUAACAUGAAUCCAGAGUAUCCGUUGGGAAAGAUCACACUACCCGUUCGAGCGGGCUCCAGAAUAGUCAAGGUUGAAUUCUUGGUCGUAAAGCUUCCUUCGCUGUAUAAUGUCAUCAUGGGGCGAACCUGGUUGCAUAUCAUGCAGGCCGUGCCAAGCACCUAUCAUCAGCUUAUGCGCUUCCCGACAGCCCGUGGCGUUGAAGAGAUCCAUGGCUGCCGGCAGUUAGCAUGA